AUGCCUGACGUGCUUCGGCUCUAUCUCGAUUUUGGACUGCACGAGGAUGGAAGCAGACGUGUUGGAUUGAAGACACCUCCCAUCCAUGAGGCGCUCAUCCUUUCCAACCUGGGAGCUAGCCGCGAAACUUGGGAAUUGAUGGAAAGGCUCGACAAGAACAUCGAGUUGCUACGAGAUCUGCUAACUGGUAGGCACUGUGCUGUAGAGCAAAUUGGGAAGGAGCAUGUUUGGCGCAUGCCAGCAAAUGCAUCCAACAUCACCAUCAGUUCUCCCGGACAUCUCGUCUGCAUCCCAUCUUGA